AUGCUGAAUAAUUGCGGAUACAGGAAGUUUGGCAAGCAAAUUCAGCGCAGGCAGCUCGAUCUUCCCGAAUAUGCCGCCAGUUUUGUGAACUACAAAGCUCUAAAGAAGCUUAUCAAACAACUCAGCGCAACUCCGAGGAUACCAGCCCAAAACAGUGCAGAUGGUUCUAAAGAUGUGCCCGAAGCACAGGCGGCCCUUCGCGCCAACAAAGAAGUUUUCUUCUUUAGGCUGGAGCGCGAGAUAGAGAAAGUCAACGCCUUCUAUUUGCAAAAAGAAGCAGAGUUCUCUUUGCGAUUGAAAACACUUAUCGACAAGAAACGGGUCAUUCAGUCAAGGGCAGCAACCCAUUCCAAAGCACCGGCGAAUUAUGUUACUCUCUUUGAAGGGUUCCAGCAAUUCGAUGGAGACCUCAAUAAGUUACAAUCACGCAUGAAGGAACUGUAUCUACACCGAGCCGUGGAGGUACAACCGUGCUUCAACCGCGACGUUCUACGUGAUUUGGCUGACCGGGCCACGACCGCGCGUUUGGAACUUGAAGCAUGGGCGGAGGGCGAAAACAUCCAGUUCGAUACGACUCGGCCCAUUGACCGAGCCGGAGCUGUCCAGCCGUUCGGGUCCGAUGAAGAGGACCUCGAUCUCCAGAUCCUGCAGUCUGCCACCACGGGCAAUCUACAGACAUUGCGCGAAUGGACUGCGAAAUUACAGACUUCUCCCGAUGCCCAAGAUCGCGCAACCCGAACGUUCCUGGCUGCCAUCAACGAAUUUUCGGACGAGGUGCUUGCGGUGCUCCUUGAUAGCGGCCUAGUCAACAUUUACGCAGAAGACGACAUCAACGAGCGCAAUUGCCUACACGAGGCGGCUAUCUCAGGUCGAGAAUUCGUUUUCAAGGCGGGUCUGGCGGCCGACAUCGACGUCUCUAGAUCUGAUGUGUACGGCAGAAUACCUUUACAUUACGCCUGUAUGCAUGGCCGCGUCGAAAUGGCUCAUGAGCUGCUUGCGGCGGGUCCUCAUACUGUCGACAUUAUGGACCAUGACAAUUUUACCCCUCUGAUCCACAGCAUCGUGAAAAAUCAUCUCUCAUGUGCUGAAAAGUUAUUGCACAACAAUGCGCGCAUAGAUCCAGCCUCCGAAUCCGACCACAUUCCGUUGAAUUUGGCUUGCCAGCACGGGUCGCUUCCAAUAGUGAAAAUGCUUCUUGAGAGAAACGCCCAAUUACUGCCAGAUGCGGAGGGCCUCUAUCCUCAACACAUGGUCGCACGUGCCUCGCAGUCACCGCAGCUACUAUUAAUGCUCAAGCAACAUGGUGCGGACCUCAACCAGCGCGACAAGUUGUAUCAAUGGACGCCGCUCUUUCACGCCGCCAGUGAGGGCUGUGUUGGUUGCCUGCGUACCCUCCUAGAGCUUGGUGUCGAUGCCGACGCGGUGGACGAAAAGGGUCUUGCGGCCAUGUACUAUGCAGCAUGGGAAGGUCAUCUGGAGUGCAUGCUUCUUCUUUGGUCCCGUCGUACCGAUAGUCAGUCAACGCGCAACCCAUUUGGCGUUCUAGAUGGCUUGCAGUCUCACGAUCUAGGCUUCACCGGAGUCUCGCACAUGAAUGACUCGGUGGCUCUUGACAACGCCGAAACAGCAGAUGGGAUCCCCGAUCUGUCUCUGCCACCACCCAUCAUACCUUUAAGACGCUACGGCCACAACUUCCUGGACAAGAAGGUUUUCAUUCAAAUUUUUUUCGAUCCCGGUAGCUCGGGCUCGAUCUCUUUUGAUCAAGCUGGUCGCCACCCCGCCGCCCGAUUAACUAUUUCAUCGAAACUGUCUGAUUUGAUACCGCGCACCAUCAUGCUGCCAAUCCAGGAAGACUCGCGGCUGAUAUCAUUCCAAGUGGAUAACUUGGAGACCUUCUCCGUUGAUUUCGAGAUAUUCCCUACUUUUGGUUCGAAGGUGAUUGCCAAAACUGUUGCCCUCCCAGCAGUCUUCAGAGACGAGCAUUCUAGCAUGGGAUCUUGCUGUUUGCCACUCUUUGAUCCGCGAUUACGGUCAAUCGGGCAAUUACGGUUCGGAUUUCAGGUUAUCAAACCCUAUCAUGGCGAUCCGUUGGAGAUCACACAUUUCGCCACAUACUGGAAAGCGACAAGUGCUAUUGACUCGGAACACAAUGGCCUAGUAACCGGGUCUAGCCUUUCGGGAGACCACAUUCAACUUUUUGUACAGCUCACCAGGGAUAGAGUCCCCGUCCUUCAUCCUCGAUUUACGAUUAAUCACCACGGCGUUGGUAUCCCCAUCUGCCAUCUUACUUACGCUCAGUUCCAGGGCGUAGGCGCCGAGGUAGGUGCCAAACGGCCGGAAGUAUUACAAUUCUUACAGGAUCGUGCCGUUGAUGAUCUGGCGCAAACUCACCGCCUACUGGCUGCCUCAUUUCUUUCUCUGCAGGAGGUGCUUCAACAUUUGCCCCUGAGCAUCAAUGUCAAUCUGUCUAUCCUUUACCCCUCGGUGGCCGAAGGAGAGGCACUUAACAUGACAUCAUUGACAGAUGUCAAUACUUUCGCCGAUGCCAUUCUUACCGAAGUCUUCGAUCAUGCCCGUAUUGCUCGCGAGCAGAAUCCCGACUUUAUGCGCUCGGUGGUGUUUACCUCCUACAAUUCGAAUAUUUGCAUUGCUUUGAAUUGGAAGCAACCAAAUUAUCCCGUCCUUCUUUGCAACGAUCUGGGGCAAAUUCGGGAUUUGGCUCGUGACGUUGGAUCAUUGCCAGGCAUUGAUAGCAGUGGGCGUGUGUCAAUGUCUAUUAAAGAAUCGGCAAGAAUUGCACAGGGCAACAAUUUCAUGGGAUUGAUAUGCCGGUCUAGUCUCCUGAAUGUUGUACCGGCUCUGGUAGAGACGAUCAAGGAGCUUGGCCUUGUGCUUGUGGCAGACACCUCCGACGAAGUUGAACCCCCAGCGCCCCAAGAGGGUUUGACAAACACAAACACCAUGGAUGUAGCUGACUGGGCCUAUCGAAUGCCUGAUGGCGUCAAUGGGAUUAUGAAGGCCAGUGGCAUUCUCAGGUUUAAUGAUAUGAUUGAUAUAUGA